UCACUCUUCAACAUCUUAAACAUCCGAAGGCUGUUUAUCGCCCCCUGGUGGAUGUUUUGUAGGACGUACGCAACAUCCUCAUCUGGCUCUGCACGAGUUGUCAUGGCAACUGUACAGCUUACAAAACCAAAGAGCUUGACUGUUCACCGACACUUCAGUCAACAUUCGACAUCUGCGACGCCAUCUUUCUCCCUCUCCUUACAGUAUUAGUUCGAGGAGAAGACAGCAGGGGCUCGUUUCGCGUAGAAAGUGUCGAGCCAUGAGCGGGGCGAAAGCACGCAGCGAGGCUCCUGUUGCCGAAAAUGUCUCCGGCGGCGGCGGUGGGCACAGCGCCGCGGUUCCUCUGCGGGACCGGAAGCCCGGCGGCGGGGUCCUGAAGAGGCUGAAGUCCCGGAGAAGCCAGGUGAACAGCAGGCCCGUCACCGAGGAGGAGCUGCGGGCUCAGAGCGGACACAUCACCCCGGAGGACGUGCUGGGACUGAGAGUGGCUACCAGAGGAUACCUCUGUAAGACCGAGGACAAUAUUUUCAACAUUGAUUUUGUACGCUUUAAAAUCAGAGACCUGGAGACCAACAUCGUCCUAUUUGAGAUCGCCAAACCACCUCAUGCAGGUGAGGAUGAGGAGAACAGGGAGGGGGAUGCCAGUGCGGGCCGAUUUGUGCGCUACCAGUUCACACCAACCUUCCUGCGACUUAGAACCGUGGGAGCUACAGUGGAAUUCACUGUUGGUAACCGCCCUCUGAACAACUUUCGCAUGAUUGAGAGGCACUACUUUCGCGAUCACCUGCUGAAGAGCUUUGACUUUGACUUUGGCUUCUGUAUCCCAAACAGCCGUAAUACCUGUGAACAUAUCUACGAGUUCCCUCAGUUGUCAGAGAGCCUGGUGCGUCAGAUGGUGGAGUGUCCUUAUGAAACCCGGUCAGACAGCUUCUAUUUCGUCGACAACAGGCUGAUCAUGCACAACAAGGCAGACUAUGCUUAUAAUGGAGGACAGUGAUGCCAGCUUCUUGUGCAAAUACACACUCAAAUCUGCACACACACCCUCUUAGUCAUAUUUAUUCAUAUAUAUGGACACAGAUGCAUGCACAUGGUGGUUCAUACAGCUGCAACACUCUAAUAAGCACAGACAACGUGGUUGAGCUUCUUUUUGUGAAGAUAUACAUCAACUAUAUUGGUGAUUCAAUUUUGUGGGGUUAUAUUUUAUAUUACUUGAAGUUAAUAUAUUUCUGUACUUACAAACAAGGUGCAGGUCCAGACCCAAAAUGGGUUGAUUCAACUAUUUUUAAUAAUUGAUAGAUCUCUUUGAUACAAGAAGAGGGCUCACAACUCCAGACCAUGUAACAUGUGUUUCAAACAGGCCAAAUGGCUCUUUGGAUAAAUGCUUAGUUCCCUUUUCAAGUGUCCACGCAGCACCCAUUCAGCACACCCACACACACUCACACGUAUACAUUUGAAGAGACACAAUCCCCAAGUGACAUACGCAGUUUUUACACAGUGUUUGUCAGGAGCAGCUGCUCUCAGAGCCGACAUGUCCACAAUCCACUCCAGACAACAUUGAGGCAGAAAAGACAAACCACCCACAAAAACAUUCCUGUCAAACACACACAAUCCCUCCUGUGGUUUGUUCCCUGCCUCCCUCUCAUUUUUACACAAAGACACAAAUCAACAAUUGUAAUGAGUAAGAACCUGAUCAAAGGUUUCAUUCAUUUUUACCUACUUACAUUUUUCCACAUGAAAAUAGAUAAAAUAAUGGUUAAUCAUCAAAUGAUUUUAAUCAUGAUAAUUAAACCAGAUAGUUCAAGGCAUUUUACUUAUUUUAAAGAAUGUUUUGAAAAAUAGAAUAUUUACCAAUGUGACUGUGAUUUCUGGAUCUUUAAUGAUCCAGCACCUCUCUCCAUAUCAGAAGUUGGCAUAUUUCAGGAAAAUAUUUUUUUUUUCUUGCCAGCUGGUGUGUUCAUUGUCUUUGUACUUAAGUUAACUAUGACAAUAAAUGU